CGCCGUCAGUUCCGCUUGACCCCGGCGGCCGCACCGGAUGUGCCUCACUUGAAUCUGACCGCUAUUAUUUUUCUGCAGCGGCGGCUGAGAAAAAGAUCUCGAAGCUUACUUCUCUGGCUUACUUUGAGAUUAACUUUAUUAUUUUUUUUCUGCGCUUUCCCUGCGUUUUCAGCUGAACAGUCCAAAAAUGUCCAGGAGACGGCACAGCGACGAGAGUGACGGAGGUCAGUCCCACAAAAGGAGGAGAACCUCUGAGCCCAUUGAGAUCGAGGAUCGCCUGGAGUCGCUGAUAUGCCGCGUGGGAGAGAAGAGUACGUCGUCCCUGGAGAGCAAUCUGGAGGGCCUGGCAGGCGUCUUAGAGGCAGACCUUCCAAAUUACAAAAACAAAAUCUUGCGCAUUUUAUGUGCUGUCGCCCGCCUCCUGCCGGAGAAGCUGACCGUGUACACGACUCUUGUCGGCCUCCUUAACGCCAGGAACUACAACUUUGGUGGCGAGUUUGUAGAAGCCAUGAUCAGACAGCUGAAGGAAACUUUGAAGAAUAACCUUUACAACGAAGCUGUUUACUUGGUGCGGUUCUUGUCUGACUUGGUCAACUGUCAUGUGAUCGCUGCUCCCUCGAUGGUGGCCAUGUUCGAGAACUUUAUCAGUGUUACUCAGGAGGAGGAUGUUCCACAGGUUCGGUCGGACUGGUUCGUGUACGUGGUGCUGUCGUGUCUGCCCUGGGUCGGGAAGGAGCUUUACGAGAAGAAGGACGUCGAGAUGGACCGGCUCCUCAGCCAGAUCGAAGGCUUCCUCAAGAGGCGAGUUAAGACACACGUCCCCAUGCUGCAGGUGUGGACGGCAGAGAAGCCCCACCCACAAGAGGAGUAUCUGGACUGCCUGUGGGCCCAGAUUCAGAAGCUAAAGAAAGACCGCUGGCAGGAGCGCCACAUCCUGCGUCCGUACAUCGCCUUCGACAGCGUGCUGUGUGAGGCUCUGCAGCACAACCUGCCCCCCUUCACCCCACCAGGACACAUGCCCGACGCCCAGUACCCCAUGCCCCGAGUCAUCUUCCGCAUGUUCGACUACACUGACGCCCCAGAGGGCCCGGUUAUGCCUGGCAGCCAUUCUGUGGAGAGGUUUGUCAUAGAAGAAAACCUACACUGUAUUAUCAAGUCUCACUGGAAAGAGAGGAAAACAUGCGCCGCUCAGUUGCUCAGCUAUCCAGGGAAAAAUAAGAUUCCACUCAAUUAUCACAUUGUGGAGGUCAUCUUUGGAGAACUUUUCCAGCUGCCAUCUCCACCUCACAUCGACGUCAUGUACACUACGUUGCUUAUUGAACUCUGCAAACUGCAGCCGGGAUCAUUGCCUCAAGUUCUGGCCCAAGCCACAGAGAUGCUGUAUAUGCGACUGGACACUAUGAACACCACCUGCAUAGACAGACUAAUAAAUUGGUUUUCACACCAUUUGAGCAACUUCCAGUUUCGAUGGAGCUGGGAUGAUUGGGCUGACUGCUUGACGGUGGACGCAGAGAAACCCAAGCCCAAGUUUGUCAAGGAGGUGCUGGAAAAGUGCAUGAGACUGUCGUACCAUCAGCGGAUAGUUGACAUCGUCCCGCCCACCUUCGCAGCGCUGAUCCCAGCUGAACCCAUCUUCUACUACAAAUACGCAAUUGAGAGCAAUUCUUCAUUACCUGGUUACGCGGUCACCAUCACCGUUAGCAACGCCAUCAAGAACCGAGCGUCCAAUGAGGAGAUCCUGACGAUCCUCAAGGAAGUGCCCAACCCCAACCAGGAAGACGACGAUGACGAAGGGGAGAGCUUCAACCCUCUGAAGAUCGAGGUGUUCCUGCAGACUCUGCUUCAUCUGGCAGCCAAGUCCUUCAGCCACUCCUUCAGCGCCCUGGCAAAGUUCCAUGAGGUGCUGAAGACUCUGACAGAGAGCGAUGAAGGGAAGCUGCACAUCCUCAGGGUGGUGUACGAGGUCUGGAGGAACCAUCCGCAGAUGAUCGCCGUGUUGGUGGACAAAAUGAUUCGGACGCAGAUCGUGGACUGCGCCGCCGUGGCCAACUGGCUCUUCUCUCAGGACAUGGCUCAUGAAUUCACCAGGCUUUACAUCUGGGAGAUCCUGCACUCGACCAUCCGCAAGAUGAACAAACACGUCCAGAAGAUCCAGAAGGAGCUGGAGGAGGCCAAGGACAAGCUGGAGAAGCAGCAGCAUAAGAAGAGGGACAGCGGAGACGACGAGGACAUGGAGAAGAACAGCGAGGAUGAGGAGGGUCAGCUGGAGGAGCAGAUUGAGAGGCUGCAGGAGAAGGUGGAGUCGGCCCAGAGCGAGCAGAAGAACCUGUUCCUCGUCAUCUUCCAGCGUUUCAUCAUGAUGCUGACGGAGCAUCUGGUGCGCUGCGAGACGGGCAGCGUGGACAUCAGCACGCCCUGGUACAAGAACUGCAUCGAGCGGCUGCAGCAGAUCUUCCUCAUGCACCAUGUGACCAUCCAGCAGUACAUGGGAACGCUGGAGAACCUGCUGUUCACCGCCGAGCUCGACCACCACAUCCUGGCCGUGUACCAGCAGUUCUGCGCCCUGCAGCUCUGAGCUCCCGCACACACACACACACACACAUACACACACGGAAUUAGAAUCAAUGUGUACUUGUAUGCGUACAGUACCUCUGCUAACCCUAAUCUGAACCACACACACACAAAAACCCACCAGCUCAAGACUGAAUCUCCUCAUGACCCUGUUUUUAUUUUCUUCAACCAUGUGUACGGCUGCCAUCCAGUGUGUUAACCAUGUGCAACCACAAACCGAGAGACAUUCAAAUCGUAGGAACUCCAACAGAAGCCAGGACUUUUUUUUUUCUUUUGGUGGAUCCUUUGCCAUUUUUAUUUGCCGUAGAGGAUUUUUUUUCUCCGUUUGUUUUUCUAUUUUGUUCAUUUUUACCACGCGAUGCUCGUAUUCCUAUGAAUGGGUCUUUUUAAAACUCGCUGUCUGAAUCAAGACGGAGCUGAGGGUAAAGGAAAAAAGCAAAAAAAAAAAAAAAAACGAGCAUAGGGGAGGUCGAUAUCAGGUCUGCUCUGAUUGAUUCUGAAUCUAGAGAGCGUUCUACUUUUUUAUAUGUAUUUUAUGUGGAAUUGGGAAAUUAUUAAAGCUCUGUAGAGUCUU